AUGGUUAGUAUCACCACGGACCGAAACUGCGUGUUAGUCGUGGCAACGAGACGAAUUAAUGAUUUGGAUGCAGGACCGUACGCGCCGGCCGUUCUACGGUUCCAGAUCUCCUUUCCAGACACAUACCCGAAACUUGCGCCCCUGAUUCUAUUCUCGACCGACAUAUUCCACCCGCUAAUUACCCCUCUCACGACAUACAUGUACACAAAGGAUGCUCCAGAUAAGGGCUCUGGCAAUGCCACCAAACAGGAACGACUACCGCCUGGCGCAUUCAGCUUGAGGCAUGGCUUCCCAGAGUGGUUUGGCCGUGGGAACAGUGGUGAGUCUGGGAGAAGGCUGGCGAGCGGCGAAAGACGUCUUAACUCGGGGUCUGACGGGACCGGCGCACCGCCCGAGGAUGGUGUCGUAUCGCCGCUGCCAUCCCACGCAAGCGCUUCAGACGACUGCAGCCAGACCUGCAAACCAAACAUGUCUACCUACAGUAUUUUGAAGUAUAUUCGCAGCACGUUUGAUACCCCGGAAGUCCUCGACAUGGUCUCUCUAGAAGCUUCUGGAAAUCCUGGAGCAUGGCAUGCGUGGCGCGCGCAUAGACGGAAACAUGGCCAACUCGCGGAGCAGAAGCUCGGCAGUGGCCACAGUUUCGACGCCGGUAGUGUCCAAAAUAGCUCUCCUAAAAAGACAGAUGACCCAGCUCCAUCACCCACGACAGCUACGGGGCGGCAGCCUGGUCAGUGGAAUUGGGAUGGGGUGUGGGAGGACAGAGUGCAAAAGGGAGUUGCGGCCAGUCUUUCUGAACCCCUGUUGUACGGAGGAUUAGGCGUGCCUGAUGAGAUGAUUCACUUUCUCGCAAUGGAAGAGACGGAUGUGGAGUCUGUGAAGGAUAAUAUUCGUCGUACGCUCGGCAGUGCUACAUGA